CCCCACGCACCAGAACGCCAGCGCCGGGCAGUGCGGGCCGUCGGGUCACCAUGUCGCAUAGCCGACGAAACGACUCGACCGCCGUCCUCAGCUCCCUUGCCUCUGGCGAUGCACCAGACGGGUGGGGCAGGCCAUCGUCGCCAGGAAUCGGGUCACUCUGCUCGUCUUCAACCCACCUCACGCGGCCAGUGCUGUAG